AUGACUGAGCCGUGGAGUAUUGAGGAUGAUAUUCGACUUUUCCGAUGGAUAACGGAUUUUAAACCAGCAGGUUUACACAAACAUUUCCAUAUGAUCAGUAUUUUAGGAAGAAUGAACAAGCCAGAUCAGUUCCCCGUUGUUUUACUAUUUGAUAAGCUCAAGAGCGAAGGAAAGGGACAUUUUACUGCAGACGAAAUUUGGACGAAGCUGGCACAGCACUACGACUUGAAGAAGCUGGAUGAAAGAGAAAACGACACGAAUAAUGAGGAUGAACAAAAAAUAGAGGAUUCUGAGGAAGAUGAAGAAGAGCAUAGAGACCCUUCUGCUUUUCAAGCACUGCGACGUGUCUUCAAACAGCCGCAGGAAUUCCAUCUACCUUGGGAAGAGUACGGAGAAUUGAUCUUGGAGAAUGCUCGAACAGAGGAAAAUCAGGAAGAUGAAGAGCAAAAGUCUGAUGACGACUUGGACGACAAAACUUCUCAGGACGACACGUUGUAUGCAGAGAGAAUGUCCAGAAGAUUUACGCGAUCUACUGCUUCCACUAAACCGCAAGGAAGGGUGACUCGGUCUCAAGGCCCUGCUCAGCUGCCGAGAGGUGUCGAUAAAGCACAGGAAACCCCUGGGGAUGACGAGUCUCUAGAGCCUUCCAACAAUGGCCUUUCACAGAGUGAGGAGCCCGAGGAAGUCGAGUUGAUAGCAGACAGCAACAAUGGUCUUGAAAAUGAAAAUCCCACGACCAGUGAUCGCGAGGAUGGUGCAACUGUUGAUGAUGCCCCAAUGUCGCAAAAGGAUGCCGUUGAGGAUAUGGAAGAUGAACCGGAGGAAUUGGUUUCUGAGCCGUCAGUAUUAUCUGAUCAACGCGAUCCUCAGACACAUGGAUCUCCACCUUCAAAGAGAACAAGAACCACUAGAAGUCAUCCUGCUGACUCGACCACGGAAACGGCAGAUUCGGUCAAAACAUUGGAAGAUUCGAGCGCACCAACGCAACCGCAGGGCCAAGCGAUCGUUCGAUCGAGCUCUCGUGUGGCAAAUAGACGCAAGACCCGUAAAUGA